GAUACAACAAGCAACUUGUCGAUUAUGCUUCAUCUUUAUAAUCAGCUUGCCUCCACAGUUAAAUAAGUAAACCGACCGAGACGAAAACAGAAGUUUACUACAUUUUGAAAAUAUUGGGAAGAACAUUUUCUAAAAAUUAUUACAAGGGAGCUAGCAUGCAUUGAUAGACGACGCUGAUGUUUAGACGUUGCGACGUCUACUAAAGUCUGAUAGAAACCACUUAAUAAUGAAAGAAGGCAACGCAUUGAUUACAAAUCUCUGCAGCGAAGCACACUAGAAUCGAUAACAGUAACAAAAGCAAAGUUGGCAUUAAUUUAUCUGAUAAUUGUUAGCCACCAAUUAAUAGACAAAUGAACGGAUCUCGCAAAUUUAAAUCGCUGCGUCUUGUGCGCUUCGGCGAUAUUCUCUACGAUCAGCAAAGGCGUCUUAUACUGCUGUGCCGUUCCUGCCAACAUCACUUUCUGUCCCUGGAGGCGUUCCAGUCACAUCUCACCAAGUGCAUUGGCGUGAAGCACAUUGUGUCGUCAAUCAAUGAAUUGAAUUACGACGAGGAUAAGCGAGAGACAAGACUAGUUAAUGGCCAACAGGAGCUCUUUAUUUAUGAGCCACAAGCCAUUCGCAAAAACGACUGCAAAAUAGACUGGGAAGCGGAACUUGAGGAUCCCCGCUGGUAUUCAGAUGACUCAGUAAAGACACCGCCAAGCAAAGCAAAGCAAUCACCUGCCAAUACCAAAGAGAAUGUGUCGAAAGUUCGCACACGCUUUCAGGCGUCGAAUGAAGCACAUGGAGAUAAAGAUGCGAAAAAGCCCCAACAACAGCCUCCGGAGCUGUCGCCUACAUUAGCCAAGCGUGGAAGGCACUCAACGCCAAGGCGAACCAUUCUAACAAAUCAACAACAGGGCAAACCUCGCAGCAGCCUCGAUCUACCCGCAGCAUCAUCACAGACGAAUGACAGCGAAGGAUUGAUACCGGAUAACAUAACAGCAAAAAACACAUCAGCACCAUUGCCAAUGGUUACCGUACCAGUAUCGAAUGUGUCCAACCAUGGUGACACCCAACAAAUACUCAAUAAACUGCGUGCCUGCGGUGUCGAAGUAAAGCGUCGUAAAACCCAUGAAACAAUUGAAAGUCCAGGCGAUGCUUUGGCAAAUGCGAAAAAGCAACAAGCGCUUGAUAUUAUGCGAAAAUUGCAGUCAAAUGGUAUUAAAUGCACCAAAGUAAGCAAACAAACGAUUUUUAAAUAAAUCCCAACACGAAGUGAAGAUUCAUCGCACAUCGGGUUUAUUGUUGACUGUAAAAAUAUGAAAACGCCGAAUUAACCAAUCGCAUUGUGCCCAUCUCCAAUUAUUUACUAAAAGCAGAGUAAAGUUGGAUUUAAACAAUAAACUAGGUUACUAGAUUAAUA